UCCCGCAUACUACCCUUUCCUUUUGCUUAUUUUCCCGCUACUUCCUUUUUUCAUUUAUCUUCGAGCAAAUUUUCUCGCGAAACAGAAAGCAGUUUGUCGGCUUUUGCCGCGUUUUCUCAGUUGCCAAACUUUAUGACUUCUCGAGAGCUUGUUCUUGUCUCGACAGCAACGAUCUUCGUUGCAUUAACAUCUGCACUUGUGGUUCGUUCCUUGUUCUUCAACCACAAAAAGCGGUUUGUCCCGAUCGAUCCAUCUGGAAAUGGUGUCAUUUCAAAGAAACGCUCGUCUCAGAGCCCGUUUGAUCCUUCCAAACGGAAAGAAUAUUUGUCGUGGGACGAUUAUUUUAUGGCUAUUGCGUUUCUAUCAGCUGAAAGAUCAAAAGAUCCUAACAGGCAGGUUGGUGCAUGCUUAGUUAGUCAAAAUGGCGUAAUUCUUGGCAUUGGCUAUAAUGGAUUUCCCAGAGGUUGCUCAGAUGACAAACUUCCUUGGGCAAAGAAAUCUAAAACUGGGAAUCCUCUGGAGACAAAGUAUCCUUAUGUUUGUCAUGCUGAAGUUAAUGCUAUCCUGAACAGAAACCAUGCUUCUGCUGCCGGGCAGAAGCUUUACGUGACCAUGUUCCCCUGCAAUGAAUGUGCCAAGAUAAUCAUUCAGUCAGGUGUAUCUGAAGUAAUAUAUUUUGUGGAGAAGAACUCGAGUAAUUCUGACACAGCGUACAUUGCUUCACAUAAGCUCCUAUCUAUGGCUGGUGUCAAAGUCAGGAAACAUCAGCCCCAAAUGGACCAAAUUUUGAUCAAGUUUGAAGAUCUUUAGUUAAUGACAGAUUUUGUUUAUUCAUUAAGCUUAUUGUUGUUUGUAUCACUGUGGACUAUUGAAUAUAAGCUCGUACUCAUUUAACUUCA